UAAUUAUUUAUAAAUGGAUCAGAAUUAUGAUAAUGACAAUAUUAUAAUAUUUGUUAAGUCUGGAAGCACUUUAAUCUUAUUCCUAAUUAUUUUGUUUACAGCAAAUCUUCCAUACAAAUCAAAGACAUUUAGGGAAAACAAAGUAUGCAUCCAUAUUUUAUUUUUAGCCAUUAGUAUCAAUUUCUCAAGCAUUCUCAGGAGGAUUAUUUUUAUCAGUUGCACUUUUACAUUUAUUACCUGAAUCAUAAGAAAAAUAUGAAACAUCCUAAAAUUUUUAAGAAAAUCCUAAAAAAGAAAUAUUUCCAUUUCCAUUUCUAAUUUCCAUACUUAGUUUUGCUUUGAUUUUAUUUAUUGAAAAAAUUGUUACCAAUCAUAAACAUGCACAUUCAGAUGUAUUAAUUUUAUUAUUAUAAAUUAGCAUGUUGAUGUACAACCUACAUAAAAUGUUGAAUUACUUAAGUCAGAUGAAAGUAUCUGUUGUAGUCAAAUAGGAGCAUGUUGCAAUUAAGUUGAAAGUUAAGCAUAAGAAGAUGUUUUAAGAAAUGCUAUAUCUUCUUAAGUAAAGAUGGCAUAAAGAGUAGGCUUUAAUGAAAUAAAAAAUAAAACUAAAAUUAAAAAAACUAAUAAAUCCUCUAAUUUGACUCCUUAUUUAUUGCAAAUAGCAGUAGGGAUUCAUGCAAUAUUCGAAGGACUAGCUAUAGGAAUUGAAUCAAAUCUUAGUAGAUGUAUAGGUAUUGCAUUAGCAGUUUUUUGUCAUAAAUGGGUAUGUAUUAAUUAAAUUAUUUAGGCUGAAGGUCUCACAUUAGGAUUGACAUUUAAAAAAGCAAAAGUUACUCAUUCUAAAGCUAAAAAACUGAUAGUUCUAUAAGCUUUGAUGAAUCCAUUAGGUAUUUCAAUUGGGUGGAUUUUAUCAUCAAAUAGAAUUAUAAUAGUGAGUAUCUUUUAUGCAAUAUCAGCUGGAACAUUUUUAUAUAUUUCUACAAUAGAGGUAAUUGUAGAAGAGUUCAAUGUAGCCAGAUACAAGCUUCUCAAGUUUUUAGCUUUUUUAUUGGCUAUUGCUUUUAUAAGUUCAAUUUGGUUAUUGGAACAGAUUGAUUUUUGA